AUGGACUUCAAGAGUAAGCAGAAGAAGAAGGUUCUUGUGUCAGACGUGUCGGCAUCCUGCAGGAAUCGUUGCUAUGAGCCGUUGGAUGUGGAUUCAGCCUCGUGUCGUUGUGAUAGUCAGUGUGUGGAGACUCACAGCUGCUGCUUUGACUACCAGGACAUCUGUCUGCUGCCUACUCAGAGCUGGGAGUGCACGGCGCUGCGCUGUGGAGAGAGACGGCUGUCUGGCAGCAGGUGUCACUGUUCUGAGGACUGUAUGAACGCUGGAGACUGCUGCUCCAACUACAACAGCAUCUGUGAGGGAGACACAGAGUGGGUUCAGGAUGAGUGUGUGGACAUGAGCACUGCCAAAUGCCCUGCCAGUUAUAAGAGGCAGCCGCUGCUGUUGGUCUCUCUGGAUGGUUUGAGAGCUGAAUAUCUGCAGUCGUGGCAUACGGUGGUACCAGUGCUGGACAAGAUCAGACGCUGCGGUACAUCGGCACCCUUCAUGCAGGCCGUGUUCCCCAGUAAGACGUUCCCUAACCACUACUCCAUCGCCACAGGUCUGUAUGCCGAAUCACAUGGGCUGGUGGAUAAUAACAUGUACGACCCUGUGUUCGACGCCUCCUUCAGUCUGUCCAACAGUGAGAAAAACAAUCCCAGAUGGUACCAGGGACAACCGAUCUGGAACACGGCCAUGUAUCAGGGGCUGAAAGCGGGAACGUUCUUCUGGCCAGGAUCUGAUGUGGCCAUAAACGGGAGUUUCCCAGAUAUCUACAUGAAUUAUGAUGGGAAGGUCCCAUAUGAGGAGAGGAUCUUCAGUGUUCUGCGCUGGCUGCAGUUACCAGAGGAUAAACGGCCGGAUUUCUUCACAAUCUACCUGGAGGAGCCUGAUAGUUCAGGACACAGUUAUGGACCCGUCAGCGGAGGGCUGAUCUUGGCUCUGCAGGGAGUGGACAGAGUCAUCGGUCAGCUGAUGAACGGCCUCAAACAACUCAACCUUCAUCAGUGUGUCAACAUCAUCAUCGUCGCCGAUCAUGGUAUGGAGGAGACCAGCUGUGAGCGUAAAGAGGCUCUUCAGAAUUUUAUAGGUGAUGUCAGUCAUCUGUACGUCAGUGAAGGGCCUUUUGGACGAAUCAGAGCGAAAAACACAACACACACCUUGGACGCAGCUGGACUCAUAGCAAACAUGUCGUGUAAGCAGCCGGAGCAACAGAUCAAGCCCUACCUGAAACAUCACCUGCCCAAACGUUUCCAUUAUGCCAGCAACAGACGCAUCGAAGAUGUCAGCGUCCUGGUGAACCCGCGCUGGCUCUUUGAGAGUUUGAACGAGUUACUCUGUCUCUCUCAGGCCUCAUUUCUCAGUUUAGGACCAAAAUUCCACUUUCAGACAGAAGUGGAGCCGUUUUCCAACAUUGAGCUGUACAACCUCAUGUGUGACGUGCUGGAAAUCACUCCAUUCCACAAUAACGGGACUCACGGGAGUCUGAACCACCUGCUGCGGAAGUCGGUUUACAGCCCCAGUCACCCGACAGAGCAGAGCGGCCCGGAGCAGUGCCCGAUCACCAGCCUGGAGCCCACACACACACUGGGCUGCAGCUGCACUGCACUGAGUGGAAGUGACAUCAACGCGCGUCUGAAUCUCACUGAUGCUGAAGUGGCUGAGAGUGAGAGGCGACACAUGUUGUUCGGCCGUCCACGGGUUCUGCAGUCUGACGCUAAAUACUGUGUCCUGCAUCAACACGGAUUCAUCACGGCCUACAGCACACUCACCCACACGCCCGUCUGGAGCUCCUUCACUCUCGACAAAACCGCUGAAAGUUCUCCGGUUGUCUCAGAUUGUCUCCGGGCAGACAUCAGAAUUCCAGCCAAUCAGAGCGCGACAUGUGACCAGUUCAACAACGCUGGCAACAUCACACACGUCUUCCUGUUCCCACCCAAUCUGAACCGCACAUCUGAAGAUCAGUUUGAUGCUCUGACACUUGGAAACAUGGUGCCCGUCUUCCUACAGUUCAAGAGACUCUGGCAGUAUUUUCAGGAGGUUCUGCUGCUCAAAUACGCAUCUCAGUAUAACGGUAUUAACGUGGUUACCGGCCCAGUGUAUGACUACAACUUUGAUGGACGCUUUGACUCUCCAGAGCAGAUCCAGGAAUUCGUUGCAGGUUCGUCUAUUCCUGUUCCCACUCAUUAUUUUGUGGUCCUGACGAGCUGUAAGAACGACACACAGACGGUGAGCGAAUGUUCUGCUGAACUUCAGACGGUUUCCUUCCUGCUUCCACACAGGAGCGACAACAUGGAGAGCUGCGCCGACGAUCAGCCGGAGUCUCAGUGGGCGGAGCCUCUCCUGUGGAUGCACCAAUCACGCGUCAGAGAUGUGGAGUGGAUCAGCGGACUGGACUUCUUUCAGGACAGCAAGCGUCCAAUCGCUGAGCUCCUGCGUCUGAAGACCCGCCCCACCGCCGCCAUUCAUCCCAAAGCUUGAGUCUCGAUUGAGUCAAAAUGAGUUUUGAUUUUGUGUUAACAUAUUUAUUUAAUCCUCUUAACGCAUUCAGGUCCAUUUUGACCUAGAAGAGAUGCAUAAAAAUUCCUAAAAAAUGUGUAGUUCUUAGUAAGUGAACAAGCCUUUGCAGAUGCAUUAAGACCCUCAAAAUACACUUCUUCUUUUUUUUUCAGAUUUUUUACAAUUAUGUUUUCAGAGAUUACAUGUUUUGUGUUCGGGUCGUUUUGACCCGAGUAUGUAUGUAGAACUAUUAGUAUCAAAAAUACUUUUUGUAAAAUGAAGUUAUAUUAGUGUCUUUUGUAAAAUAUACAGUAUUUAGUCUUUUCCCCCAUAUCUCACACACUUUUGGACUGAAUUUUGUUGAUGAACAUGAAUAUGUCUAUUGAUGAAACAAUGCAGCAUGAAAAACUGAUCACUUUUUUCAUCUGAAAGUGAAUGUUUUCGCACCUAAAAUUAAUUUAUUUUGCUUG